UUUCCAAAAUGGUGGCUACACCCAGGAUACUGCUGCUAUGCCUCUGGCUCUUAGCACUUCCCAUUGAUGUGUGCUUGGCGCAAGAGACCCCUCCGCCAGGAUGUGGUAAGGACCUUCAAUCCAUCUACUACAACCUCUGUGACCUGACAGCAGCCUGGGGCAUUGUGUUGGAGGCGGUGGCUAGUUUUGGUGUUGUGACCAGCUUUGUCCUCACUGUUAUCUUGGUGGCCAGCACGCCUUUUGUCCAGGACCACAGGAAGAAAAGCUUAAUAGGGACUCAAGCUUUUUUUUUGUUGGGCACCUUCGGGCUGUUCUGCCUGACAUUUACCUUCAUUGUCAAGCAAUAUUUUUCGACGUGUGCCUCACGACGUUUCCUCUUCGGCGUCCUCUUUGCUAUUUGCUUCUCUUGCCUGGUUGCCCAUUCCCUCAGCCUGAAUUUCCUCGCCCGGCGGAACCAUGGUCCCCGGGGGUGGGUUACCUUUGGUGUGGCUUUGCUUCUUGUUUUGGUUGAGGUGAUUAUCAAUGCGGAGUGGCUCAUUAUCACUGUAGUGAGGAAUAGCGGUGCAUCCAAGGACCCCUGCCUUGUGGACAAUGCUGAUUUCGUCAUGGCGCUCAUCUAUGUCAUGUUCUUGCAAGUGGCUAGCUUUGUUGCCACUUGGCCUGUCUUGUGUGGACGGUAUAAGCAUUGGAGGAAACAUGCUGUCUUCAUCCUCCUCACCACUUCAUUUUCCAUGGCCAUCUGGGUGGUGUGGAUUGUCAUGUAUGUUUACGGCAACAAGCAGGAAGGCAACUUAUCUUGGGACGACCCAACGCUGGCGAUUGCUCUCAUCUCCAAUGCCUGUGUCUUUGUCUUCUUUUACGUCAUCCCUGAGAUUUCUCAGUUGAUCAGACCAGGGCCAGAGCAGGUCUAUGAGGAUGAUGUCUACCCUACCAGGGGAGUGGGAUAUGAAACAAUCCUCAAGGAGCAGAAAUCCCAGAGCAUGUUUGUGGAGAACAAAGCCUUCUCAAUGGAUGAACCUUCUUCAGCUAAAAAACCCGUGUCACCAUACAGUGGAUACAAUGGGCAGAUACUGACAAGUGUGUACCAGCCCACAGAGAUGGCUCUCAUGCACAAAGGGCCUACGGAAGGCACCUAUGAUGUUAUCCUCCCGCGUGCCACAGCCAACAGCCAAGUGAUGGGCAGUGCCAAUUCCACACUGCGUGCCGAGGAUGCCUACCUUUCACAGAACAAGCAGCCAGUGACACAGAAGGAUGGAAAGAGUGGACAGGCCUCAUCUCCAUAUAUCAAGAGCAGAUGGUAACAUCCUACAUCUUGAUUUUGGCAGACCCCAUAACAGGAGGAGACCAUGCUAACUUUGCCUUCUUGAAGGAGCAUCUGAUGGGGCUAGGCCUCAAUUAACCACUUGAGAUUCAUCCUGGAAGAUGAGACAACGUUUUUCUCUUUGUUGUGUAUAUCCCAAGUGCUCUGCUUGGUCCCUGCUAUUUAAAAUAUGGGUCACAGCACUGGGAUACAUCUGCUGUUUUUAAUUCUGGAAAGUGGGGCUUCUGUUCUGCUUGGAGCUGUCAUCCAGGUUAUUCUUAGUGCCACCUCUGCAGUGCAUCUAGCCAGCACUUUGGGAGUGCCCCUCCCCCAUUUUUUUUACUUCACAACUUUAUGGACCAGGUUGACUCUGUUGUAAGUGUCUGGCCUUCUCCAGAAACCCCUUGUGUUUAUGCUGUACAAACAGGACUUUGCUGAUAUUGACAAGAUUUCUCCUUGGUUGCAAUUCAGCCUCUUGGUGGAUUGUUGGGUGCCCCUG